CUGUGCUGAUUGAUGUGGGGCCUCCAGCCACAAUGAGGAACUCCUGUGCCUUUCUGGCAUCCUCUCUCUCAAUCGUCAGUUUUCUACUGCUCAUUCCUGAAGAUGCCUGUGUGAAAAUUAUUGGAGGGCAUGAAGUAAUUCCUCAUUCAAGACCAUACAUGGUGCUACUUAAUCUUGGGAAAGAAAGCAUCUGUGCUGGUGCUUUGAUUAAGGAAGACUGGGUAUUGACUGCAGCUCACUGUAAACUGAAGAUGAGUUCCAAGGUCAUUCUCGGGGCUCACUCAAUAGCCAAGAAUGAGUCAGAAAAACAGAUAAUGUUGGUUAGGAAAGAGAUUCCCUACCCAUGCUAUGACCCAGACACACAUGAGGGUGAUCUUCAACUUUUACAGCUGAACAGAAAAGCAAUACUUAACAAAAAUGUGGCUAUCCUUCCUCUACGUAAGGGAGAUGAUGUGAAACCAGGAACCAUGUGUCAAGUUGCUGGGUGGGGAAAGUAUCACAAUAAGUCACCUAAAUCUGAUGUUCUGAGAGAAGUCAGUGUCACCAUCAUAGACAGAAAAGUCUGCAAUGAUGCAAAGCAUUAUAAUUUCAAUCCUGUGAUUGGACAGAAUAUGCUUUGUGCUGGAAGCCUAAAAGGUGGAAAAGACUCAUGUAAUGGAGAUUCUGGAAGCCCUUUGAUAUGUCAUGGAAGUCUCCGAGGCAUCACUUCAUUUGGCCUUCCAGGGAAAUGUGGAGUCCCUCAGGGGCCUGGAGUCUAUACUCUUCUCUCAAAAAAGUAUCUCAAGUGGAUAAUUAAGACUAUCGAGGGGGCAGUUUAGAUAACUGCAUUUUGUUUCAUUUGCUAUCACUUCUUAAUCUUUUCACAAAUAAAAGUUU